AUGCAGCGAAUUAAACGUUCUGAGACAAUUUCUAACGAUGAAAUCGGUUUACAAACACAGCUUCGACAAUCCAAGCUAUUUCAGCAUCACCGUGGUAAUCCUUUUCACUCUGCAAUUCCUGUAUCCUCGCCACUCUACUUAGCUUGUCAAAACAACGAUCUAGCACUUGUAGAGUCAUGUCUGAAAAAAAUGAAACCUGAAGAAAUUGACUUUCAAUAUCCACCAAACAAUGAAACUGCCCUACAUGUAGCAACACGAAAUCAGCACAAGGAAAUUAUUCGAACUCUUUUAUUUUACGGCGCACAACGAUCACUAAGAAAUGCACAUGACCAACAAGCUUAUCAACUGGCAGAAACCGAUGAAAUCAAAGAUUUAUUUAAACGUCAAAAAUCAUCCCGUUUUGCAUUUCUACAUAGUCGCUGUAAAACGACUACCUUGUCUCAAAGCAAGAUUAAAUGUGAAAGUUGUUCACUGGUAAAUGAUAAUACUUUCUAUGAAUGGGAAUUAGUUGAUCGAAAUGCAUCACAGAAAGCACUGAGAUUUCGUCAUGAAUUGAAACCGUCUACAUCAAUGAAAGAAAAAGAGUUGAAGCAAAGACUUUAUUCAAUAAAGAAAGGUUAUAUCAAUGCACGCCUACAGGAUGUUUCUGCAGUAGAUGGUGCACGUAUAUGUAAUUAUUUUAAGCGUGCACUGCUUCAACAAGAUCCGUACUAUAUUAUAACUGCAUAUACCAUUUGUCAAAAUUUUUCAGAGUUAUUAAACAAAGAUAUGGCACGUAAUGUUAUACAUGAUUUGAAAAAUGGUUGUAGCAAGUUUUCUUGUGAUUGUCUCUAUUCAACAGAAGAUGGCACUAAAUCAAUUACAAAUAUUCUUCUUCACCAUCCAAAGUUUCAAAAAGUCAGUUUCAAAGGUGAAGUCUAUCGUGGUAUUGUCGUGCCUAAAAAUACUCUAGAUCAUUAUAAAGUUGGUUCUUAUAUUAUUACAACUACGUUUCUCUCAACAUCAAAGGAUCCUGCUGUUGCACAAGCAUUCUGUGAUAAAGGAUCAGCAAAUCCAACUAUGCAUUCAUUCUUCUGUAUUUAUGAAAUACUUAAUGACAAUCGUAGUGGUCUUGAUAUAUCGAAAAUAUCAGAAUUUGAAGAUGAAAAUGAAGUAUUGAUCUUGCCGUACUCAGCUUUUCUUAUUACAAAGAUUGAAGAAGGACCAGAAACAACAAAUAUUUAUUUGAAAGAACAUUGUUUAAAACACAUGUUUGGUAACGACGGAUCACAAGAAUAUUCUAUUCAGUCGAUUAUGCGCCCAGUAGAACUUGUCCGAAGCAGUCUAUUGAAUAACAUAAGUGAAAUAGUUUUGCAAGAGGAUGACGGUAUAAGAUUACGAUCAAAGACGAUGCCUGCGUUAGAGACAAAUUUUUAA